UCCCGCCCAGCCUGAGUCCUUCUCUGCCGCUCGGCCGAGUCAGCCCAGAGUCUCCAGAGGGAUCCGGCCAGAAAAGUUCUGCCAAGAUUUGGUUCUGGACCGUGGAGUCUCUAAAAAAUCCCCAGCUCUGCUAAUUAGCCUGUUGUCUCUCUUGUUUCAGGAAGAUGUCUGAUGGAUUUUCGCUGUCAGAUGCCCUGUCAGGGUCCAACAAUCCUAAUCCAAACACGCAACCGAAUCCUUGGGGGAAUCAGCCUGGUGCCUUCUCAGGCUAUCCAGGAGCACCAGGCGCAUUUCCCGGAGCACCAGGCGCGUAUCCCGGAGCACCAGGCGCGUAUCCAGGAGCACCAGGCGCGUAUCCAGGAGCACCAGGCGCGUAUCCAGGAGCACCAGGAGCCUUUCCAGGAGCACCAGGAGCCUUUCCAGGAGCACCUGGCGCAUAUCCCAAAGUAAUAGGCGUAUGCCCAGGAGGAGUACCAAUACCUGGAGAAUAUUUUGGAGGCCCACCAGGGCCUGGCACAUUUUCAAACACACCAGGAAUAGUUCCACCAGGGGCCUCAGGAAUGUGUCCUGUUCCUGGGCAGCCCCCAAGUGACAAAGGAGCACAGCCAACUGCACCACAAAGUGGACCUGGAGGAUUUUCUGGUCCAUUGAGAGUCCCUUUCGAUUUACCCCUUCCUUCAGGACUUAUGCCUCGCUUAUUAAUAACUGUGACUGGGACAGUGAAUCCAAGGCCAAACAGAUUUCAAGUAGAUUUGAAGAAAGGCAAUGACGUUGCUUUCCACUUUAAUCCCCGCUUCAGUGAGGACAACAUGAAGGUGAUUGUAUGCAACACCAGGAUUCAAGAUGACUGGGGGAAGGAAGACCGGACAGCACCCAGGUUUCCUUUUGAGGCUGGCAAACCUUUUAAGAUUCAGAUUCUCUGUGAAGCAGAUCACCUGAAGGUUGCUGUUGAUGAUGCUCAUCUCAUGCAGUACAAUCACCGCAUUAAAGAGCUGAAUCAGAUCACCAAGCUGUCCAUUUCUGGUGAUGUCACCCUCACCAGUGUCAUGCCUGUCAUGAUCUAAGCUAAGCCUUGGCCCAUGGCAGCCUAGUGCUCAAUAUCCCUGUAAAAACUGGUUGUUUUUUUUUCAAGAAAAAAAAAGAUAUGUUAUUGGGCAGUGACUAAUAAAUAAAACUCUUUACAGUCUA